UCCUCGUCAGAUCACCAUUGUAAUCAAUCUCCUCCUUUCUCCCCAUAAAAACCUGUCAUAAUUUUAUGGGUAUUACACCCCAACUGCCCAAACCCCAUUGUUGUUAUCUUACAGCUACCUAUCAUCCCAAAAAACCCUUUACUUAUCAUUCCACAGCGUCCUCUUCUUUCCUAAUACAACCGUCCUCAUUUGAUCACAGAAAAAGAAAAGCCAUCUUUAUAUAUUCUUCAUCUUCCCGUUAAGUUUCAUUGAUUGAUUCCAAUUCUGCCAAUGUCCUCGACUUGUUUCUGUCUUCGCAUCAUCUUGGUUUUCCUAGUGAUCAACAGCAAAGGAAUUUCAGGGGCUACAUUUACAUUAGUAAACAGGUGCAACCACAUGGUAUGGCCAGGAAUAUUAGCCAACGCCGGCAGCGCCAAGUUGGACAGCACCGGGUUUGAACUUCCACCGGGGGGGUCCAGGUCCUUCCAAGCUCCUCCCAGCUGGUCAGGCCGGUUUUGGGGCAGAACAGGUUGUACAUUCGACCCCUCAACCGGGCAAGGAAGCUGCGCCACCGGCGAUUGUGGGUCCAACCAGCUGGAGUGCAAUGGUGCAGGGGCAACCCCACCCGCAACUCUUGCGGAGUUCACAGUCGGGUCUGGCCCUGACUCGGGAACCCAGGACUUCUACGACGUCAGCCUGGUGGACGGGUACAAUCUGCCAAUGAUGGUGGAGCCAAGUGGGGGGUCAGGUGCUUGCGGGGCAACCGGGUGUGCGACUGACUUGAACAGGAUGUGCCCCAACGAAUUGCGGGGCGGGGAGGGGCAGGCAUGCAAGAGUGCAUGCGAGGCAUUUGGCAGUCCGGAGUACUGUUGCAGCGGAGAGUAUGGCUCACCGUCGACUUGCAGGCCGUCGAUGUAUUCGGAGAUUUUCAAGAAUGCGUGUCCCAGGGCCUAUAGCUACGCCUACGACGAUGCCACGAGUACUUUUACAUGUAAAGGCGCCGAUUAUACGAUUACAUUCUGCCCUUCCACCACAAGCCAGAAAUCUUCGAGAGAUUCUUCUUCAUCAGACUCAACAAACGGGCCACCGGUUGCAACAGGAACAGUUGGUGGUUCGAGCAACCCAGGGUCACAACCAGAGGAUCAAGAUCCAUUCACUUCGUGGAUGCCAAACUUUUUGACAGGGGACUCAUCAAGGACCAUUUCUAACUUUGGCUUGCACUCUACUCCAAUAGCUUCAAUCAUCACCUUUGCCACACUGUCUUUGCUUCAGUUAUACUAGUUCAUUUCUCGACUCUUUGUCCGUGCACGUGAUGAUGAUGAUGAUCCCGAUGCCACCGUUUUGGAUCGAGACGUGGAUUUAGAUUCACCUUGACAGAGACUAUCCAUUGAAGAUUGUAAAACCACAAAUUUUCCAUGCAAUUUAUGUACAGAUCCUAUGUAGAUUAAUUUAAUUGCUGGUACUGACAUUCACCCAACGUAUGCGAUUCUUUUAACAAUCGUGAAUCAAAUUCAUCUUGUUCA